AUGUUUGGUGUUGCGUCGAUGCUCUGUCGACUGGGUGUACGUCCGUAUUCCACGUCGACGUUGGCGUCGCAGGUAGUCGCGGACUUCAUGGCUGUCCUCGCCUACGUGAAAUUUGAGAGCGAGGGCUACUUGAGUAGCUACGCGUCGGACCCGGUGCUUGCGUUGGGUGCGAUUAGCGUGUGGCAUUUCCUGGAGGACGGCUUGUCCAAGUAUAUUCUUCCGCAGCUGAAGAAGUUGAUACUGGACGAAGCACUGGAGACAGGUGGGAUUGGUGAAAUGGUCGCUCGCAUUGUGCUCCUUCUCGCGAUGGACCAGUGUGUGAUGGGGGAUCGAAGCAAGUCACAGGGCCAAUUCGUGUCGGUGGAGUCGUUUUUGAAUGUGAUGGGGUGCGAUGAAAUUGAAGUUUAUAUCGAGGGAAUGCUCCCUGGAAACAAAGAAACGUUUAACGAGUGGAAGUCAGACUGCAAGCUGAACCGAAUGAAGAUACGCUGUGGUAUUUGCUGGGACGUCGGGCUGCGGGUAUUUUCCCGCGCAACCAGCUUGGAGCAGAUCUGA